AUGCAGCGCCACCUCCGAAUUGCCGUGCUAGAAGCCGGCACACCGCUUCCCGCUGUCAACGCAUACUACAAGGAUGAAGGCUACUGCGGCAUCUUCAGUGCGCUCCUCAGGUCCAGCGCCAAAAUACUAGGCAAAGAAUGCUUAGAUCCAGAUACCGGGCUACAGAUUACCAAGUGGGACGUUGUCGACGCCCAAGAAUACCCAAAGCUGGAGGAUAUCGACGCUGUGCUUAUUACCGGGUCAAAACAUAAUUCAUAUGAGGACGUUCCGUGGAUCAACCGCCUGGUAAAAUUCACGCAGCAGGUCCUAGCCCAAGAUCGGGUGCGUAUUCUCGGGAUCUGCUUCGGACACCAGAUUGUCGGCCGUGCGCUGGGCGCGAAGGUCGGGCGGAAUGACCAGGGCUGGGAAAUUGCUGUCUGUGACAUGGACUUGACCGAGGAGGGAAAAGAGUUGUUUGGAUUGGAGAAGAUUCGCAUUCAACAAAUGCACCAGGGCAUUGUGUAUAAUUGCCCUCCGGGUGUCACUUUGCUUGGGUCGUCUCCGCGUUGUGCUGUUCAGGGCAUUUAUGCUCCGCGCCGCUUCGUUACUGUUCAGGGACACCCUGAAUUCACUGGCGCGAUCGAGAAGGUGGUCAUCCACAGCAGGGCCAAGGCCGGUAUCUUCAGUGAGGACUAA